GAGAAUCGUGUGCCUUCCUCUCUCGUUACUAUAAUUUGUUUUCCACCCCCUCUCUUUUUCUUUUAAUUUGCAUCCAUCCCCUUCCAUUAUUCAACCGUUCUUUCAUUUUCUCUCUCUUCUCUCUCUCUUUCUCAUCCCAUCAAAUUAAUGGGUGAAGAAAACAUGAAUACUAAUAAUAAUCAUACUAGUAACAACUUCAAAGUGGUAAACUCGAACUCAACUUAUAUGUCUUCCCCUGUUCUAGACCUUUGUCUUUCUACCACCACCACCAAUACAAAAAACCAGGAUCAAGACUGUGAAGUUACCAAAAUGGGGUUUCAGAUUUGGUCUUCUACUUCUUCUUCUAUUGUCAAUCCACAUUUGGAAGGGUUGAAAGGGCAAAAUUGUCCAGAAAAUGAUGUGGGGGUGGUUAGUAAAGUAAGUAGACCACCUUCUUCAAAGCUUUGUUCCAGAGGACAUUGGAGGCCUGCUGAAGAUGCUAAACUUAAACAACUUGUUCUUCAGUUUGGCCCUCAAAACUGGAAUGUCAUUGCUGAGAAACUUGAUGCCAGAUCAGGAAAGAGUUGCAGAUUAAGGUGGUUUAAUCAACUUGAUCCAAAGAUAAAUAGAAAACAGUUCACAGAGGAAGAAGAAGAACGACUAAAAAAUGCACAAAGAAUGUACGGUAACAAAUGGGCAAUCAUAGCGAGGUUGUUCCCUGGCCGAACAGACAAUGCAGUUAAGAACCAUUGGCAUGUAAUGGAGGCGAGGGCGGAGAGAGAAAAAUCGAAUUUGUUUACGACUCGGAAAAGAAGCCAUAACAAAAUGAUACUACAACUUCAUGAUGAUCAUGGCCGUAACGAUAAUGUAACGGCCAUUAUCAUGAAAAAGAGUAAGAUUACAGGAAGUGACUCUACUAGUAGUACUGUUUCUAGCACAAUGUUUAAUAAUAGUACGACGACUAAAAAUGUGGAUCAUGAAUCGGGUACAUCAACUUGUACUGAGCUUUCACUCUCGACAAACUCGGUCCAGGUCCCGGGCGGGUACAUGCCGGGACCCGGGAUCAGUUACAACCCGGUUGUUUAUCAGCAACAACAACAACAACCCUGCAAGUCUGACCAUGAAAAGGGAACAGUUGAGGAAAGCAUGUGGAAAUCAGCAAGAAAAGGAAAUUACUUUAAUGUCCUUGCCAAACAACAGAUGGAGAUGUUUAAGAAUAGGCUUGAAAUUUGUGGACAAUCGGAUUCGAACUCGGAUGCUUCAGGAAGUGGUGACUCAGUGGUUAACAGUGGAUACUCUCCUAGUCCAAGUGCAAGUGAAAAACUAAACAAUGUUCCUUUUUAUAAUUUUUUGGGGUUAAAAUCCAUUUAAUUGGUUUGCUCCAAUUUUUUUUUUGUAAUUUUAAGUAUGGAAAUUAAGCAUAUAGAAAGUGGGAGAAACUUCUGUA